AUGCUGGAGUAUCGACCCGUUCCACGCCCUUGCGUGUCAGUUGCUAGUGGAUCCUUACAAUACCUCUCCAAAAGUGUUUUCACAGCGCGUCGGGGCGGUGCCGCGUUUGCCAGCUCCAACGCCAGUGUCAACUUGUCCGACCUAGCACAUCGUGGUCUCUGGUCGAUGGACGGGUUCGCGACCCUGCUUGAAUACAUAUCGCCCACUGCUGCAAGCGACCAAAAUGUAGCGAAGGUGCUUGGCGGUUGGACAGACACCAAGCAAGGUGGUCAUCCACCCACCCUUGCCUGCUUUGAUGACGAAUCGCACCAUACAUUUACACGUGUUAGUGACUACGCUAAAGCUAUCAGAUUGCUGCACUUUGCGAAGAUUUCUCCUAAGGGAUUCGCUGACUGUCUCACCGCUACGCUGUUGAUGUAUUACCGCGAUACGCUGAAGGUUUCACCGCAGCAUAUUGUCCACCAAGAGAUGCAGCGCGUCCAUGCCACGUUGUCGCCCAUCUGCCAGUGCCAGGAAGAGCUCCUUGACUGGGGCAGCAAGAUCCGCAAGCGUUAA